AUGCUACACAUCGAAGGUCCAAAGAUUCACGAGCAUCGGUUAUCUCUUGUUCCUGAGGUAAUAAGGUUUACUUGUCAUCUAUGUGGACUACUUGAUGACCGGUUCCCUUAUGUAUGUAACCUAUGUGAUUUGAGCUUUCACAAAGAUUGUGGCGAAUCCACACCGGAGAUCAACUACUCUUCUCAUCCUAAACAUCCUCUUAAGUGUCUCACACGUAUUCCUAGUGUGGAUGUCAAUUGUGCAAAGAAUCCACCUCCUUUCACUCUUGUUCACCCGAAGGCUCAUGCGCAUCCACUCAUUCUUAUGCCGCAACGAAGUUUUGUUUGUAACGCUUGUGGUAUGGACGACGACCCAAAUCCUUAUGUAUGUCCUCAAUGCAAUUUCAUGAUCCAUAGAAAUUGUAUAGACAUACCGCGCAUCAUUAAAAUAAAUCGUCAUGUUCAUCGUAUUUCUUACAAUCAUUGCCUUGAUGUUGGAGAAUGGAGAUGCGGCGUGUGUCGUAAAGAGAUAAAAUGGACAUGUGGGGCUUAUUCUUGUUCUGAGUGUCCUGAUUUUGCAAUUCAUUUGAGGUGUGCCACAAAGUUUGGAAUUUGGGAUGGGAUUGAACAUGAAAGCAUAUCGGAAGAUACUCUAGAGGUUAAAUCAUACGAGGUGAUCGAAGAAGGAGUGAUAAAGCAUUUUAGUCACGAGGAGCAUACUUUAAAGCUCAAAGAAGAGAGUGAUGGUAAUGAUGAAUACAUGCUGUGUAAAGCAUGCACAUAUCCCAUAUUUUCUAGUCCAUUCUACUAUUGCAUGGAAUGCGAUGAUUUCAUUCUUCAUCAGAAAUGUGCUUAUCUCCCAAAAAAGAAAAUAGAUCCCUUCUUCAAGAUGCUAAUGACUCUACGCCCAUUUGACGAUGUAUUGCUCUGUGAUGCUUGUAAAAACUAUUCCCAGGGUUUUAUAUACGUAAGUGAUAAUAAGGAAAUCUAUCUGGAUGUGAGAUGUGGUUCUAUUUCUGAACCUUUUGUCCAUGAAAGUCAUCCUCUUCAUUCGUUAUACAUCAACUACUCAGCGAGAGACAGUUUUUGUAGUGCUUGUGGAGACAGGGAAACUAUGGUUCUGAGUUGUGAUGAGUGUGGAUUUGUUUUAGGCAUUAAAUGUUCUAUUUUGCCAAAAAUGGUUAAACACAAAUACGAUAAAGCUCAUUUUCUGUUUCUAUGUUAUGGAGAACAAACGAGUGAUCGGUACUGGUGCGAGAUAUGCGAAGAAGUUUUAGAUCCAGAGAAAUGGUUUUAUUCAUGUAAUCAUUGUGGCAUCACUUUUCAUGUCAAAUGCACGCUUGGAGACUUUACAUGGAUUGAAACGAGAGGUGAGACUUCUGUUGGCAACUCCCGUUACAGGUAUUGUAUUCCUAAUAAUCGUAUAAAUCGACCAGUUUGUGACGGGUGUGAUUCUCGCUGUGAAUUUCCAACCAUCUAUAAGUUGUAUGGAGAUACAUUGUGUUCUCUACAAUGUCUCCAACGCAAGUUCUAA